AUGGCGGUGUUCUGCGACCUGGAGGACGACGAGUGCUCAUCCCGCAGUCGAUCGCGCUUCGAUGCAGAUUUAUCUUCCUACCACGAUCAGCUGAGACUGGCUGAAGAAGUAGAAUCCGGUACAGCGAUCAAGCUUGGCCAUGUCAAGAAUGUCAUGGCUCAGGCGUUGACUACCAAUAAACUGGCCGCCGUUCUGACAUGCUACCCUGUUGCGCUGUCCCUCUCGUCCCACCUUGACCUCAACGACUUAUACUCUUUGGCAGCGACAUGUCAUGGCGUGCAUGCAAGCCUCACCCAGUACAGCCGCCAAUUGAAGUCUCAGUCACUACGUUGCAGCCAUGACGGAAGGCCAGUGCUGGCAGAAGCGCUGUGGGCGCAAAGAGACAGGACCCAUGCCGCCACCGAAGCUAUUGCGGGAGGCUCGGUGCAUAUACAGCCUACUGGGAUCUACGAUUCCAUCGGCGUUUCAAGCAAGAUCAGCUCUUGUGCACGGGAUUUGGUCGGCCCUUGUAGGAAAUGUGGGACGAUUGUCUGCCGGAAUUGCACCGUCAAACCGCUUAGCAACAUCAGACUCAAGGAGCGACUACGCAGAUUAUGCAAGACAUGCCUCGAUGCACCGAUCGAAGCACACUUCCACGGUCUGAACACCCCUGAUGAUCCGAUUGACGCUCCACCAGCAUCCAAGCUUAGUACUCAUGCUUUCACUUCACCAGCCUUUCUCCGUGGCCCUUGUACCUGCGAGUCUCGCGGUGUAUUUCUGUGCGCGCCCUGUGGAGGGAAUCUUCGAGCCGCGGAUACCACCUAUCAAAGGGUAUUCACGUGGCGCUCACGUUACAGUACGCACAUCGGUGGCGGACUCGGUACGGGGCUAGGCCUCGGCAAUCAAGGUCAGAAGUGUGGGCGCGGGGCGUCUUGUCUGGACACAAGUAGCGAAGCGGUAUCCUGGGUUGAAACCGACUGUCCGGAGGACAAGACUCAGGAUACUGCAGAUUAUGACGGCCAUAGCCUAAGUCGAGUAGGCACCCCAGAUUCGUCUAGCAACAAGCCUGGAUAUCUCCAACAAGAAGUUGAGGGUAUAGGAGGCGUCCUCAAGAAGAAAGUGAAGAGAAGAGUCAAAACUGGCGCUUGCACUUAUGAAUACGCAGACGAGCGCGAAAGUGGAAAGUAUCUAGAAAGAGAGCGUACAGGGGCAGUACGGAGUUGGUGCGGAUGGUGUGCCAGAGUUGUGCCUUCUCUCAAGGACAAGCAGGACUCAUGCCUUGACCAGAUGGCGGUCUAA